CGCUGGUAAUUCGUGGGCUCCACGUUUGACUUGAAUGAAAUGGCGAAACAGCUUUGAAGUUUCUCUUCCAGUUAUAUAUGUCUACCUACAAGUAACUCCACUAUGGCCGUGUUAGAUAGAGUUCUUCGUGUAUUAGACGCCUUAGGCCUCUUUAUUGUCACUCGCUUUCCAUUCAUAGAGUUGUUUAUCCUUUUGAUGUCCACCGGAGAGGAGGCUGAAAAUUUGCCAGGGGCGCGCACGUUGACCUUCAAAGACACUUUACGGCGGGAAUACUUGCUUGUGUACAUCAACGCUUUGAUUUUCUUUGUUUGUGGAACAGGCAUGACUCUGGAUUUGAAGAGGAGGAAAUGUGGCCUGGCUGCUGCUUUACAUGUAGUAAUAUACACAGGGGUAACUCUCUAUCAACUCAAAAAAUCUUCAGAAUAUUUGAUCGUCAGAAUGGCAGCCAGAUCUGCUGCAGUAUGUGGAGGUUACCUAUUUGUUGCUGCUGGCCUCACAGACAGUCAGAGAGGCCAGGCCAAGGUGUUUCAAGCUCUCCAAGUCUCUCGGCAAAUCCUCGCAUUUUAUCUCUUCUGCAGUGCUUACAUGGUGUGGGCAAGUGAGGAAGAUCGUCUAGCACACAUUAAGAAUAUUCCUGGUGGUCAGUUCAUGAUCGUCAUUGUUAUUGCACUGUAUGUAAUUCCCGCACUUUGCAUCUAUGCAGGGUACGAAGCAGGUUAUUUUGCACGCAUUGUAGUAUGGCACUUGGUAGUUGUGUCAGCUUUAGUGGAUUUUAACACAAAGUACUGGCGCAGAAGCUCAAGUCAUGUUGCAUUUUGGGUUCAAAUUCAACAUGCUGCAAGGAACCUGGCUGUUAUAGGAUCACUACUUCUCUUAGGAAGGAAGAGGUAUUGGUGAGGAUUGAAUUGUGGGAAAAGUAUGGCAAGAACAUGAUAUAGAACUUCAUGUCAUGAAAUUCUGUGCCAUUGCUGCAAUACAAGAGCCCUGUUUCUGAACACUCAGAAUUAUUCAAUUUGUCACAGUUGGAAAAGAGGGCAUACAAAAACCAACAAUGAAAUGUUAUUUAUCCUAGCAAUUAAAGUGUGGGUAUUGAAAAAGAAUGAAUACAGAAACUUUGUUUCUGCACUCAGAGUGGGGUAUCAAGGGUACUGCAAUAAAGUGGAAUACUAAGGAACAUG